CUUUGGAGCGCGUGCACGGCCUGGGCGGGGCGGGGCCUUCGGAGCGCGCGCGUGCACUGUGAGGGCUCACGGAAGUCGGGCCAUGGCGUCUCUCCGCGAAGCCACCCUGCGGAAACUGCGGCUCUUUUCAGAAAUGAGAGGCAAACCGGUGGCAGCUGGAAAAUUCUGGGAUGUAGUUGCACUAACAGCAGCUGAUGAAAAGCAGGAACUUGCUUACAAGCAACAGCUGUCAGAGAAGCUGAAGAGAAAGGAAUUGCCCCUUGGAGUUCAGUACCAUGUUUUCACUGAUCCUGCAGGAACCAAAAUUGGAAAUGGAGGAUCAACAUUCUGUGCUCUUCAGUGUCUGGGAAGCCUCUAUGGAGAUAAGUGGAAGUCUUUCACAGUCCUGCUGAUUCACUCUGGUGGUUACAGUCAACGUCUUCCCAAUGCAAGUGCUUUAGGAAAAAUCUUCACAGCUUUGCCACUUGGUGAGCCCAUUUAUCAGAUGUUAGAGUUGAAACUAGCCAUGUACAUGGAUUUCCCUGCACACAUGAAGCCUGGAGUUUUGGUCACCUGUGCAGAUGAUAUUGAACUGUACAGUAUUGGGGACUCAGAGUUCAUUGCAUUUGACAGGCCUGGUUUUACUGCCUUAGCCCAUCCGUCUAGUCUGGCUAUUGGCACCACACAUGGAGUAUUUGUCUUGGACUCUGCCAGUUCCUCACAACAUGGUGAUCUUGAGUACAGACAGUGUCACCGUUUCCUCCAUAAGCCUAGCGUUGAAGACAUGUAUCACUUUAAUGCUGUGCAUAGACAAGGAGACGUUGGUCAACAGGACUUGGCUGGGGGUGACACUGCCUCUCUUCCAUUGCUCUCUGAGUAUGUCUACACAGAUAGCCUAUUUUACAUGGAUCAUCAAUCAGCCCAAAAGCUACUUGAUUUUUAUGGAAGUGUAGGCCCACUGAACUGUGAAAUAGAUGCCUAUGGUGACUUUCUGCAGGCCCUGGGACCUGGAGCAACCGCAGAGUACACCAGGAACACGGCACACGUCACCAAAGAGGAGUCCCAGCUGUUGGACAUGAGGCAGAAAAUAUUCCACCUCCUCAAGGGAACACCACUGAAUGUCAUUGUUCUUAAUAACUCCAAAUUUUAUCACAUUGGAACAACGGAAGAAUAUCUGCUUCAUUUCACUUCUGAUAGUACAUUAAGGUCAGAGCUGGGCUUGCAGCCCGUAGCUUUCAGUGUCUUUUCAGAUGUCCCUGAAAGCUCCCGUGAGACACCCUGUGUCAUUCACAGUGUACUGGACUCAGGAUGCCAUGUGGCCCCUGGGUCAGUUGUAGAGUAUUCCAGAUUGGGACCUGAGGUGUCCAUCGGGGAAAACUGCAUUAUUAGCGGCUCCAUCAUAGCAAACACUGUCCUGCCGCCAUAUUCUUUCCUUUGUUCUUUAAGUGUGGAGAUGAAUGGACAUGUAGAGUAUUCAACCAUGGUGUUUGGUAUGCAAGACAACUUGAAAAAAAGUGUUCAAACCCUGUCAGAUAUAAAGACUCUGCAGUUCUUCGGAGUCUGCUUUAUGUUCUGCUUAGAUAUUUGGAACCUUGAAGCUACAGAGGAACUCUUCUCCGGAAGUCAGACACGCCUGAGCCUGUGGACUGCUCGCAUCUUCCCUGUCUGCUCCUCUCUGAGGGAAUCGGUUGCCGCAUCCCUUGGGAUGUUGGGUGCUGUACAGAGCCGCUCACCAUUCAACCUGCGCAGCUUCAAGCUGCUGUCCAUCCAGGAAAUGCUGCUCUGCAAAGAUGUACGGGACAUGCUGGCUCACAGGGAGCAGAUCUUUCUAGAAAUUAGUGCAAGUAAAAGACAGUCUGAUUCGAGGAAAUCUUAAAUACGAUGUAUUUUUCCUGUCAACAGGAUUGCAUAUGCAGGCAUUUUCUAUAGACCUCUGACCUCUCUCUCUCUCUCUCUCUCUCUCUCUCUCUCUUCCUUCCUUUCAUCCUUUCUUUUUCUUUACCUCUUUUUGACUUGUUUCAGUAAAGCAACAUGAUUAAAAUUACAUUACUAUAACUGCUGAAGCAUAAUAAUGACAAAGGUACAGAUAGCCACUUCUGAUGGGAAAACAUUCCAGAAUUCAGGAAAGUGAUGCUGUUUUAUAUAUUUAAAUAAAUUUUACAUUUUACACUAUCAUAGCUUUGUUUUUGGUAAAGAUCGGUUUGUGGGAUACUGUUUCACUCACAUAAUAAAGACUCCUGUUUUAGAGGAUGAUUUCCUAUCUUUGGAAAUGCAGGCUAAUGAAGCUCUAGGUGACAUUGAUGACUGUUAUUUGUCACAAUGAGACUGUACCUAACAAAAACCCCUGUUAAAGUUUUAAAGAGCAUUGUCCUUUUUUGUUAUUUCUCCUUUUGAGUUUUUGUUUUGUUUUCUGUUAUGUGCACUAGUGUGUUACCUGCAUGUAUGCAUGUGCACCACAUACAGUUCCCAUAGAGACUAAAAGGGCUGUUCUCAAACUGUGGGUCAUCUUUGAGGAUGAAAUAAUCUUUUCACAGAGUCACCUAACACCGUCAGAAAACACAGAUAUUUAUAUUACAAUUCAUAACACUAUCAAAAUUACAAUUGCUACAAAGUAGCAAUGAAAAUAAUUUUAUGUUGGGGGGUCACCACAACAUGAGUAACUGUAUUAAAGGAUCACUGCAUUAGGAAUAUUGGGAACCACUGGGCCAGAAGAAGGAAUUACAACUCUUGGGACUGGAGCUACAGAUGCUUCUCAUUUCCGUGUGAGUUCUGGGAGUCAAACCUUUAUUCUCUGAAAAGGCUAUAAAAAAUGUUUGUGUCUCACAGAACUUUCCAAAUGUGAUAAAAGUGUGUGCAAAUUAUUCUUAAUUUGAACAUGUGUUGCCAUACUUUAUAAACGCUGUCUGGUCUGCUGUUCCAUUGCAUUGAAAAAUAUAUGCAGACAGAACUCAGUUGUUUGCUCAGAAGGUGGUGAGAAUAGUUGAGAGCCUUGCUCACUUCACCAUGGGCAUUACUUAAUCCAUUCCUAACCCUUCCAAAGGUCUCUUGACCUGACAGUGAAUAUUGUGCUUUAUAUAUUUUUCUGUUCAUACUGGUAGUGGUGCUGAGAAGAAACAGUUGGAUCAAAGAGGAGGAAAUUAGGAUAGAGAAUCUGAGAUUAAUACCUGGGUCAUUAAUGGAAUUCCAGGUUAUGUGCACCUUCUUUAUAAUAAACACAUUUGUGAAAUGUCUUUAGGUUGAGGUUGAAUAGGAGUCAGACUUGUCAUACUUGUGUUUAAAUUACCUUAAGAAAACUAAUAACUGCUGUGACAAUUUUAUUUUUAUAUAAAUUUUCAUAAAUAGAUGAUAAACAAGAUCUGUUAAAACCCUCUUAUAUUUAAAUGAAUUUAUAUUUCUUUUUUGAGGUUUCCAGGGACAAAAUAUGUGUGAUAUUGUUUGAUAAUUAUUGAUUUGCUUACAGAGAUUUCAAUGGUUGUUGAAUGCUAUUAAAUGGUCAUACUAAUUUUACUAGAAGUUCUGUCAAGGAUAAUUCAUAAUUUUAUGUUCUAAGAAAAAAUCAUAAAUAAAGAAGAUCAUCAAUUCUUUCA